GCUGCGGAGCGGGAGCGGGAGCCGCAGCGGCGGGCAGCGCGGCGGACCCAGUACUAUGGCUGUGUACUGCUAUGCACUCAAUAGCCUGGUGAUCAUGAAUAGCGCCAACGAGGUGAAGAGCGGCGGCGGCCCCGGCCCCAGCGGCAGCGAAACGCCCGGGUCCCGGGGGAGGGCCGUGCUGAGCCCCGGCAGCGUUUUCAGCCCUGGGAGAGGCACCUCUUUCCUCUUCCCCCCAUCGGAGUCUCUGUCACCCGAGGAGCCCGGGAGCCCCGGGGGCUGGCGGAGCGGCCGGCGCAGGCUGAAUAGUAGCAGCGGCAGCGGCAGCGGCAGCGGCAGCAGCGUGGGCAGCCCGAGUUGGGCGGGUCGCCUGAGAGGGGACGGGCAGCAGGUGGUGGCCGCCGGUACCCUCUCUCCGCCGGGGCCGGAGGAGGCCAAGAGGAAGCUGCGGAUCCUGCAGCGAGAGUUGCAGAACGUGCAGGUGAACCAGAAAGUGGACAUGUUCGAGGCGCACAUCCAGGCGCAGAGCUCCGCCAUUCAAGCGCCCCGCAGCCCGCGUUUGGGCAGGGCUCGCUCGCCCUCUCCGUGUCCCUUCCGCAGCAGCAGCCAGCCCCCUGGAAGGGUCCUGAUCCAGUGCACCCGGAGCGAGGAACGGAGGACCAAGUCCUGGGGGGAGCAAUAUCCUGAGACUUCAGAGACCAACUCGAGGAGAAGAGGAGGGGCGCUCAGCCUGUGCCCCGCUAUGGACAAGGAGGUAGUGGAACUUCUCCCCGGCCAGGCCGCCCCGACAAGACCUGGGGCUCAGGGCCCAGCCGCUUCCAAGAGGAUGGAGAAAGGGGUCCCUGCCAGUCCCCCGUGUAGCUCGCCCAUAGCUAUGGAAAUUGAGAAGAGGGCCUCUGCUCGGUUGGAAAUUCUGAGCUGCCAAGCUCCCUCGUUGGGGUUGGACAGAGUGAACUUUGUGAUGGCUACAGAAGUGACAGCGGGAGUCACAUCUCCUGGGUCACACCAUCCACAUGAUCCAGCCCUCACUGAGCUUGGGGGUGCCCUAGUGGAGAGGCAGCGACAGUCUCUGGGCAGUGAGACAAACCCAACCCCAGAGAGAGGCGGGCCCCGCGGCGGGGAGCCCCUUGAGAAGGUGGGGAAAGCAAAUCUGUCUUGCGGCAUGCUGGGCUCCUGGGCCCCUGAAGCAGGCAAAAGGCGGGAGGAGAUGACUGUGAACACGCAAAGAUCUGAGCCUUCAGAGGUCCGAAGCUGGCUUGGGCCGCCCGGAGGCCUGGACUCUAAGGAGGCCCGGAGUGGGCUUCUGGUGGUCGUGGGGCCUCGUCAGAGCUCCCACAGAGGGGAGGAAGGGUCUCCCACGGCGCUGGGCUUGCUUGGGGGCAGCUGCUCUGCACAGCUGGGUGCUGGAGAGGUGGAGGUGAGGAUUCCUUCUGGUGGAAUGCUGGAGCCUAUGCCCUGUUGGGAAAUAGCAAAAGAUGUGAAAGAGCCUGGCCCUCCUGGGGACAGGGCAGGUGUGCAGCCUGGCAGCUCCAGGGUUUGGCUGGGCCCCAUGGAAGAAGCGGGUCUGACCUGGACGCAUGGCACAGGGAUACAAUCUGAUGGCAUUUGGGAGAGCAAGCAGCAGGACAGAGACGGGCACUCCAACCCAGAGCAGCUGCCUCCAAAUCAGAAGGAUAAGCCUCCCCAGAGGGAGGUCUGCAGCCCCAGCGCCAUACCUGCUGUCAUCAUUACAGACCUGGGUGCACAGGAGGAUGGGGGCUUGGAGGAGGCACAGGGAAGCCCUCGGGCCAGUCUGCCUGUGAGGAAACUGUCCUCUUCCUCGGCCUCCUCCACCGGCUUCUCAUCCUAUGAGGACUCAGAGGAGGACAUCUCCAGUGACCCUGAGCGCUCCCUGGACCCCAACGCCGCCUUCCUGCAUACCCUGGACCAGCAGAAGCCCAGAGUGAGCAAAUCAUGGAGGAAGAUAAAAAACAUGGUGCACUGGUCUCCCUUCGUCAUGUCCUUCAAGAAGAAGUAUCCCUGGAUCCAGCUGGCGGGGCACGCAGGGAGCUUCAAGGCCGCGGCCAAUGGCCGGAUCCUGAAGAAGCACUGCGAGUCGGAGCAGCGCUGCCUGGACCGACUAAUGAAGGACGUACUGAGGCCCUAUGUGCCCGCCUACCAUGGGGAUGUGGUGAAGGACGGGGAGCGUUACAACCAGAUGGACGACCUACUGGCUGACUUCGACUCACCUUGCGUGAUGGACUGCAAGAUGGGUAUCAGGACCUACCUGGAGGAGGAGCUCACCAAGGCCCGCAAGAAGCCCAGCCUGCGGAAGGACAUGUACCAGAAGAUGAUUGAGGUGGACCCCGAGGCCCCGACCGAGGAGGAGAACGCCCAGCGGGCCGUCACCAAGCCACGCUACAUGCAGUGGAGGGAGACUAUCAGCUCCACGGCCACCCUCGGGUUCAGGAUCGAAGGCAUCAAGAAGGAAGACGGUUCCGUGAACCGGGAUUUCAAGAAGACGAAGACGAGGGAGCAGGUCAAGGAGGCCUUCAGAGAAUUCACUAAAGGAAACCAGAAAAUCCUGAUUGCCUACCGGGACCGGCUGAAGGACAUUCGGGCCACCCUAGAAGUGUCUCCUUUCUUCAAGUGCCAUGAGGUCAUUGGCAGCUCCCUCCUCUUCAUCCAUGACAAGAAGGAGCAGGCCAAGGUCUGGAUGAUUGACUUUGGGAAGACCACGCCCCUACCUGAGGGCCAGACCCUGCAACAUGAUGUGUCCUGGCAGGAGGGGAACCGGGAGGACGGCUACCUCUCAGGGCUGAACAACCUCAUCGACAUCCUGACGGAGAUGUCCCUGGAGGAUGCGUACGCCUGAAACAGCUCUCCUGGAACUCACCCCUUCUCUUUCCUUCUGUCGUAUUUCUCCUUCACUUCCUCCUGGGCUCCAGCCCAGAACUGACCCUCCCGAACUGCACUACAGGACACUUGGUAGAAAUAGGAGAAGGGAUGCGAUUCCUUAGUGGUGUUCUAACGUAAGGGCUUGGACGUGGGGCUUUCACUGCUUUUUGUAAAUAGAAUCGCCUACUAGACAGAAAUGCCCAGGCCUCGGGCUCGGCUUCCUGUAGGGGAAGUUGGUUGGGGUGAAAGCUGGAGGGAGGCUGCACCGGGAACACCUGACACUUGAGCCUCCCGGCCUCUGGGUGGCCCUGGAAUAAGCAGGCUAGCCCACUGACGCGCAUAGCCCGCUGAACUGUGGGGGCCUGCUGCCCCCUGGUGGCCAGCGACGUUACCGCAGUCCCGUUCCUGUGGCAGCCUUCCACCCAGAGCUCGCUAGGCAAGGGCUGUAAGGGCCCCCGUGUGUGGGCGGGCUGCUGGUGCCUGCGGGGAAGCCAGGCUUUCUGGUAAUAGGGACACAAAACCACUGGGGGAGCUUCACAUUGGCAAGGGGAGAGUACCGUCUGCUCAGCAGCUCAGGGACUCCCAGAGACACCUUGCCACCUAGAGCUGCCAAAACAGGGACCCCACCCAUUCAGAGCUGAAACCCCCCCAGUUUGGGGCCGGACCCAGGAGGCUGUAAGUCAGCCUGGCUGUCCUCUGACCAAGGCCUUCCCAGAAGGUGGCAAACAGGGACAGUGUUUUUCCAUCUGCAGUAGUUGCCCAUGAAUUCAGAGGGUCACUCUGCAAACCUGAGCUUCCAGUACGAUGGCAGCCGCCUCCUGCUGCGGCAAGAUCUAGGGGGGCUGGGGGGCAGGCACAGAUAGCAUGGGGAGGAAGGCAGACAGACCCAUGGAGUGUCUGGCAUCCUGGCCCCCGGUGGAGGACACUCUUCUCUGCCACCCCCCUGCUCCCUGCAGUGUUAGUCAGUCCUCCCUUCUUGCUCCCUGGGGCCCUUUCCUGAGGUCCAGAGUCCCCAAAAGUCACCAGGGAAGCCUUCUGCCAGCGGGGCAGUGAGGAAGGAGGAUUCUGGCUUACUGGCAUCAUCCUUUUUCCCCUGAAAAUAAGUCUUGCAGCCUGAAGGGCUCAGACCCAUGUUCCCUGAACAUUGUGUGGGUGCCUCCCAGGGUAUGUGAUGGGAGCAAGGAGCUACUCCAGACAUCUCUUCCUGAGGGUCUGUUUUGCUUAAAGUAUUGUGGGAAACUAGUUUUAAACCAUAUUUUAAUUGUAAAGCACGUUAAGUUUACAUUAUUGAGAAGGAUGUAAAAUUUACAUGACUUUUAAAGAAAAGAACUCCUGACUCUAUUCUACUUGGAGCUGAGUCCCCAGACCCAGUCUCUUGCUGUCAGUGGUCCAGGGUGCAGGCAGUGGGGACGCUCAGGCUAGGCCAGGCCAGCGGGGCCCAGGGCCAGUAUCUCAGUAGGGACCUGCCUCAGGAACACAGCGGAGAAAAUAUGCACCAACGGGUGUGGCCCACAGCCCACUCUGUCACCCCAGGAUCACGGAGGGAACUGUUGACUUGCCCACGUGACACUUAUGUUUCCCCUUUCAUGCUGGGUGACAAUGGAGGGGGCAGAGGGUGGGACACAUGAGACGUACAAGUACAGCUUUCAAAAAAGGAAACCACUUUUAAACUUCCUGGUUCUUGUUCAAAACAGUGCUGAGCUUUUGCGUGGGCCGACUUGCUAAAGGUCACACCCUAGUCGGCUGAGCACGGGAGACCUUGUGACGGCAUGUGGUGGGCAAGGAAGGAGGGAUGAAUGGGGCACCGGGGCUUUAAGGCCAGCUCUGGGUCUCUGAGCUACAGUCCCUUACGGGUUAGAAGGGACCCUGGGGCUCUGUGCUUCCGCCACCUGCAACCGACCCGCUGGGAAGGGACAUCAUUCAUUCAGACAUAGAUUCUAUAGCUAGAGGCCAGCCAAAGGCUACCUUCCUUGUAUCUAUGAAAAAAGUUUGCUAAAGCAAGUGAACGAUAUGAACAAAAUGUACAGGGAACCAGCUUAACCUACUUAAGAGAACAAAUUUUCCAAGCACUUUAAGCAGGCACCAGGUGUUUGCGAACAAUGUGCUAUAUGCAAAUAUUAGUUUAUUCAAGGAGACCCACGAGCCUCUUACUGGCAAUACUUUGCUUUAUGUAUGUGAAAGUGGUAUAAAACAAUAUCUUUUUAGGGUUAUUAUUUAGAUUUUUAAAAAUAUAUUUACCAUGCAAAUUCUGUUCCACACUUACUUUCUCUCAACCCAUUCCACCCUACCCCCUUGCUCUGACAUCCAGGUCCUUCCCCCCUUGUCUCAGGGGGAUAGGUGGAUCCUGGAAUGGAACUUGCCAGAACCUCUGCCUGGUAGUCUAAAAGACCACACCUGCCCAGCCCUGGUCCGGGCAGAUGUAGAGGGGCUGGGUUAGGAGUGGGGCCAGGGAGUGGGACACACUGUGGGUGCCAGGCCCUCCUGCCCUGUCCUCGCUGGCCCUGGGGACUCACAGGGCAUCGAGUACUAACGCGUCUGCACUGCUUAGCAUUUGUGGAAGGUUUCCUCAACUGUUUUUCCCAGACGUGCCUUUAGUGUCAUGUAAGAAGUUUUUAAGUUAUAUUUAUUUCGUUGGUUUUUUAAUUGCACAAAACACUAAGACUAAAAGGUUGAAUUUUGUUUUUUCUUUAAAGCUUUGCUUUCUCUUUCCUUUCCCACUUGGCAGAAAGCGCCAGAAGCAGCCCAGCCCACCAAGAUGGACUGUUUCCUUCUUUCGAUGUAAUUAGCCUUGAGUUUCUCUGGAUCUGGUUAAUCCAGCGUGUCUAUGACCCUUGUUCUAGUUGGGAAGAAGCAGGGCGUUUGUUCCCUGUUGGUGCCUUUUUUUCUGGAGGAGAAGACUCUCCCAGAGCGUCUCUCCUUUCCUUCCGUACCCUUCUUUCUCACGGGACUUGGAGAAGAGUGAAUUGUUACAGAACCCCCACGCACAGUGCCUGUCAAACAGACUGCAAAUGCUCUGUACCUUCCUGAAUAAAGGCCCGAAGACCACGGUGUUGCUGCAGUGUCGUCAGUUCGGGCCCCAAGCCCUGAAGAAGAGUCUGAUGAGUGAGUGGAUGGUGAUGGGGAAUUGCAUGGGGGCUGUGAAGGUCCUGGGGUCCUGGGUAGCACAAACGGUUAAGCGCUUAGCUGCUAACCGGAAGGUUGGUGGUUUGAAUCCACCCAGAGGCACCUCGAUGAAAGGCCUGAAGAUCUACUUCCAACAAGCUGUAGCCAUUGAAAACCAUAUGGAGCACAGUUCUCUGACACAUGGGGUCGCCAUGAGUCAGAAUUGACUUGAAGGCAACUGGUUGGCUGGUUGGUGGCUGUCAACAAGACCCUCUCUAGAGUAUUCAAGACAGGGCAAGAGGGGAGGUGCAGUGACUCAGGAGCUCUGAUACUGAAUGACCAGGCUUCGAUUCCUGGCCACUGCACCUCAUGUGCAGCUACCCCCGGUCUGUCAGUGGAGGUUUGCGUGUUGCUGUGAUGCUGAACAGAUUUCAGCAGAGCUUCCACACUAAGACUAGGAAGAAAGGCCUGGUGAUCUACUGAAAAUAAGCCAGUGGAAACCCUAUGAGUCACAGUGGUUGCCAUGAGUUGGGGGCCGACCUACCGGCAGCUAACAACAACAUAGAAGCACCUGUGUUCUCAAUUUAUCAAGUCUGUGAACAAAGCUUUAUAAUCUCCAUUAUACAGAUGAGGAAACAGGAACAGGGAUCUGAAUCCAGAAUUUGCCUGGUUUCAAACCCAGGGCUGUUCUGUCUUCCUCCCUACGCUGGCGGUGUCUGGAGGGCAAAUGGCGUGUCAUCUUUGCCCUGGGUCCGAUGCUAAGCAAAGUGCUUGGUCCACAGCAGCCACCCAGCUAGUGUUUGUUAAGCUAAUAAAUGGCUGCUUGGCUGGGUCGGGCAGUGGAAGCCCCUGGAUAGAGAAGCCUUUACAGCACAUCAAGGGAUUUGCUGUCCUUUACCAUGUGCUUCCUGUUAGCUCCUCCCCAGCUCUGGAUUGCCGGGUUUUAUUUGCAGAACUUUUAGAAUUCUGCAUUUGUGUGUGUGUGUUGGGGAUGUUGGCGUUGCACCCUUUAUCAUUUUAAAUAGUCAUUGUCAAAAGUACAGAAGGUGAAAAGCCACGGGGCCUUUGCACCUUCUGUUUCUCUGCCUGGGAUAUUGUCCCUAGUUACCACAUGGCAACUAUGCUCACUUGAUUCUUGAUCUGUAUCAGUCCUGCUGAUGCAGCGGCCACCAGCCCUGUGGGUUCCAGCCAACUUCCAUGCAGGCACAGUCUGACAGUGCCUUACCCAGAGCCUGCUCUGUACCUGAGUUGUUAGCUGCCCUGGGGCUUCCCUGUUGGCCUGUGCAACCUUGCAGUUUGGGGGAUUUUACUCCCAUGGUACAAACCUUUCACCAAUGAGAGACAAGAACGGGGGGAUAGAUUCUUCCUCCUUCACCACCACGCCUCUGAUUAGCUUCUCAGAGGAUGGCCCCACAGGAUCAGCUUGGUGAUGCACCCUUGGAUUGGUGCUCCCUCCUCCUUGCCUCAUAACUCCCUGGAGUUUCACUUUCCACCUUAGACUGCUUUCUGGAGAACUCAAGCAAAGAUGCCAUCUUUGAGGUCUUGGCCCAAAUAGUAGAGCCAACAUUGCAAAAGAUCCUUGGAAAGAUCUCUGAAUGCUCCAGCUAAAACAAGAUGGCCCCAUUCACACUCUACCACAUUGCCCUGUUUUAUCUUUCAUAUGGCCGUUAACACACUCAGCUGCUAACAGAAAUGUGGGAGGUUUAACUUCACACAGAGGUGCCUUACAAGAAAGGCCUAGUAAUCUAUUUCUGAAAAGUCAGCCAUUGAAAACACUAUGGAGCACAGUUCUACUCUGACACACGUGGGGUCACCGUGAAUUGGAGUUGAUUUGAAGGCAGCCGGCACUGGUAGCAGUAUUCAAAACCAUCCUACAGGUUAUGGUCUCUCUCCCCGUUUACAGUGUGGCCCCUGAGGACAGGGACUUUACCCUGUUAACUUCUGUUUCUUCAAUGUCUAGCAGUGCUAGGAGCCUCUAUGGUUAUCCCUGAGUUUUAUGACUACCCCCCACCCAUGUGCAGCCCUGCUGUCGUGGUAGAAGUUAGACCAUUCACUUAUUUCCCUGCUUAACCUCAUGCCCACUCCAUGGGGCUGCAGAGACUCCGCCCAAUCCUUCAGUCUACAGCACCUCUCCCCACUCCUUUUCCUCCUACCGGACUUUGCCUGUAGUAAGGGGCCAGGCCUUCUUGGGUUCUACACCCCUCUACCUGCUCACCUGGAGCAGUCCAGACUCCGUAUGUCCUGGAGGUACUGAGCACUGGGGAAGAGGCCAGAGCCCACACUGGGUAGGGGCUUAGGAGAGGAGCCUGGUCACCCAUCGGGCACAUGGGCCUGUGGUUGGGGAAGAGUUGCCUGCUGGCUCAAUCAAUGGGAUUGUGGGUCUUUCUUCCUGCUUAAGACAAAUGUCAGUGGCCCAGGCUGCCACGACUAAGUGUGCCUGCCCUUGAGAGACAGAAUCAGCGUGUGAUCCAAAUGGAGCCCCAGGGGCCCCUUGGCCUGUGGACCCCUCACCUGUUGUGGUGGGAGACCAUGAACGAGUCCUGUGUUGCUGCACCAGUCCCACAGCCUCAGAGGCUCAGACUUUGGCCCCUGCUGGCAGGGAGGGGUGCUACCUCUAUUCCUCCAUGCCGGCCUCCCAGUCUUCAUGGGGCCACCUGGUGCGGACGCCUCAGAAAACAGAGCCUGGAGCGGCAGCUCAGGUGCUUACACGUCACUGGGCACUGUCUUUACUCCAUAGGUAGGUAGGUAGCUGUUGUUGAGUCAGCUCUUACUCUUAUGUACAACGGAAUGAAAUAUUGCAUGGUCCUGCAUCAUCCUCACAAUUGCUGGCAUGUUCAAGUCCAUCACUGCACCUAUUGUGCCAAUCCACCCACUGAGGGUCUCCCUUGCCUUUGCUGGCCCUCUACUUCACCAAACACGAUGUCCUCCUCCAGCAAUUGAUUCUUCCUGAUGACAGGUCCAAAGCAAAUGAGUCAGACAAUGUUCUGUUGUGAUCCAUAAGGUUUUCAUUGAUUAAUUUUCAGAAGUAGGUCACCAGGCCUUUCUUCCUAGUCUAUCUUAGUCUGGAAGCCCUGUUGAAACCUGUCCACCAUGGGUGACCCUCCUGGUAUCUGAAAUCCCAGUGGCAUAGCUUCCAGCAUCACAUCAACACACAAGCCAUCUCAGUAUAACACAAUGACAGACAGGUGUUGGCUUUACUCCUUAGGCCCCAAUUAUAUGUCUGGGAACCGGGAAGAUAACCCCAGGAUGGGUCUAUGGACCCACUGGGCUCAAGGCGAGAUGACUUUGGCCAGAAAUCUUCUAUCUCACGGACUCUAUAAGCCCCACUGUAACCAGAGGACCAUUUCAGGUCUCUGGGAGCAAUGUCAGCACCUACCCCAGAAGACUGAGCCUGGCUGUUGCCAUGGAAAAUUCCAGACCUGUCCAGAUCUAAGUUCACAGAUGGUAGAGCAUUGUCUGAAAGGUAGGCCAGGCCCGCUUGAAGAAAGAUCCUGCAACAGCACUGCAAGUAUGUGUGACAAUAUUCCUCCAACCCAACCCCAAAGGGUCCUGCAGCUGUUGGCCAGAGUAGCUGUGCUCUGGAGGAAGGAAACCGCCAGACUUUUUUGAGGACCCUUAGAUCCGCUUGCUGGAAACCCUGGUGGCACAGUGGUUAAGAGCUAUGGCUGCUAACCAAAAGGUGGGCAGUUCAAAUCCACCAGGUGCUCCUUGGAAACCCUAUGGGGCAGUUAUACUCUGUCCUUUGGGUCGGUAUGAGUCAGACUUGGCGGCAACUGAUUUUUUUUUUUUUUAGACGCAGCUUUCACAACAAGCUUGAUGUUGGCAGUUAGCUGCCCGGAACCUACCAUCUUCGUUCUGCAAGGGUUCCAAUGCUGUCUAAAGCGGCCAGCCCGCACCAUGAUCCUAAUAAUGCCCAUGGCCACCGCGUACCUCAGGACCUCAGUUUCCACCUGUACCUCAUUCCAGCUAACCACAGGUCAUUGUGAUUGCACCACCUAUUUCCACCAGUGGUACAGUCCCUGUGCCUUCAGACAGGUGGACAAGCCAACUUCAAAGUCUGCUUUCCAGGUGACCAGCUGUCUUGGGAAAGUUCCGCAUCCUGGGAAACCGAGGAUAACUGGUCACCCUCCUGCUUUCCUGGAGCACUUCUGGUACCAGCUCUCUCAGCCUGGUUCCCUAGACGUGAGACCUAAGGUAAAAGCUUGCGAGUGACCCCAAGGAAGCAGGAGUGGAGAGGCUGGGAGGAAGUGAGGCAGGAACAAAGGGAACAAAAAUAGGAGGGGGACACUGAGCUGGCCAUGGCUCAGCAGCAAGUGCAGCCAGCUCCUCAGCUUCUGGGACGUCUUCAGGGAGGCCAAAAAAACUACCUGUCUUGGGACAAUUCUCCGAAUACAAGAAUAGGAAUAUAAUGCCCACUGCCUCCCCUCCCUACCUCCCUCACACUGG